UUCCACGUGCUCCCUGGCCACUCCCCUCCUCUCUCUCUCUCUCUCUCUCUCUCUCUCUCUCUCUCUCUACCCCCAUUCCCCACUUUUACUUCAAUGCCAUAAUAUUAAUAUUAAUAUUCCACCUUUUUCAUUUCAUUCAAGAACUCCUUUGACCAUUCUUUCUCUCUCUACUCUCUCUCUUCUUUCUCUCUCCUAAAGGAAGCCAUUUUCUUGCACGGAAGCAAGCACCUGUAUUAGUGGUAGAAGAACAAAACCCACAAAAGCCCAGAUAACGAAAUUGAAUUUAUUUAUUUUCUCAUCUGGGUUUCUUUCAAAAACUUCAAAAAAAAAAAUGGUGAUGGAGGUGGUGCAUGAAGACAUGGGAGAAGACAGCAUGCAAUGCACAAACCACCCAUACAAGAACAGCACGCCAGGUGGCAUCUGCGCUUUCUGCCUCCAAGAAAAGCUCGGCAAGCUCGUCUCUUCUUCAUACCCAGUACCCGUUUUCCCUUCCUCCUCCUCCUCUUCUUCCCCUUCUUUCAGAUCCACCUACGCCGCCGCCGCCGCCGCCACUUCCUCCGCCGUACUCGGCGGCGGAUCCACCGCCCUCCAGAACGGAGUCAGUGACAGCUAUUCUUCUCACACGCGGAGAUCGAAACUGCCGUUUGUGCUCACCCACAGAAAGAAGAAGAAGAAGGAAAGCUCGAGUUCAACUUCAGAUUCAACCGCCAUUGUUUUCAAGAGAAGCAAAUCCACCGCAACUCCGAGAAGAGGCGGCGGUAAUAACAACAACAUACAUCUACUGGAUGAAGAAGAUUACAACAGCCCUAGUAGAAGGGGCUUUUGGUCAUUUCUCCACCUCCCCAACAGACCCAAGAAACUACACCACCACCACCACCACCUCAAAGAUUCAAACUUUACACCUACCACACCCGCCACUGUGUGUAACAAUGAAAAUGGGAGCCCAGAUGAUAAAUUUUCAGACAGAAAAGUUUCGAGAUCCAGAUCUGUUGGGUGUGGGAGCAGAAGCUUCUCGGGCGAUUUCUUCGAGAGAAUCUCGACCGGGUUCGGUGACUGUACACUCCGUAGGGUCGAGUCGCAGAGAGAAGGAAAACCUAAAAAUGGCGGCAAGAAUGGAGGAGGUGGUGGAGGAAUGAACGGCCAGGAUUACAUCAAGGAGAGAGUGAAAUGCGGAGGGUUGUUCAGUGGGUUUAUGAUAGCUGGUUCGUCAUCGUCUUCAUCAUCGUCUUCUUCGUAUUGGGUUGCUGGUAAUUCAGUUGAAGAAAACAGUAAGUCUCAAAUGGUGAAUCUUUCUCACGGGAGGAGUAAAAAUUGGGGCUGGGCUUUUGCUUCUCCGAUGAGGGCUUUUUCCAAGAAUAUUAAUAUUAAUAAUAAUUCUGGGAAAAGGGAUGCUGAUUUGAAUAGUAACAAGAAUCGAAGCCCUAAUUUGUCUGCAAUUCCUUCGUUAUUGGCUGUGAGUGGCUGAUUGAUUGAUUAAAACAGAGAUGGUAAAAAGAAGGGGUUUUUACUGUGGUUGAUGGUAAAAAGAAGGGGUUUUUACUGUGGUUAUUUAUCCUAUGUUGAAAUCACUGUGUUUGUUGCAGUUAGUUCACCAGUUUAUGAUGUUAAUGUGUUUCUUGAUUUUUAUUUAUGAAGCUUCAUUUUUGUUUUUGUGAGGUGAGUUUGAUUGGGAAGUCAUCUUUGUAUUUAAAUAUAUAUAUUAUGUGGGUAUUGAGUAUUAUGGUGAAGUAUUUGGGAAUAAAUAAAUGGAUCCAUAUGGUAUUUUUAUUUUUA